CCUCCCAAACUUGUCUGGUGGUUUCUGCUCCUUUUCUGUGGGUCCCCACUGGAAGAGGCUUUAGACUUGUGGCAGGCUUUGGGGCCUUGCUCUGGGCCAUUCCCAUAUGGAUGGUCUUUUACCCACGAGGGGACGGGUCACUUUGGGUGCUUCAUUUAGAAACUAGAUUCUUUGCCUUACCUGUGUUGUUUCCUAAUUGUAUUCAAGUUCCUUCCCACUAAAUUCUCACAUGUUUUGUGUUGACGCGGCGGAUGGCAGAACCUGUUUAGAGCAGGCAGGUUUGCGGGGUCUGGGCUGCCCCCUCCCUGCCCUGGAACAGUGGGAAGGAGAGGACGCAGCCCCCGCCAGGCGCCUGGUUCCCUCUGUCUCUCCAUCUACCAGGGCAGAUCAAUACACUGUCCAGCGGCAGGUUGUUUUCCAGAGAGAAGCAGCAGCGAGUGCUUCUGUGGAGUCUGGGCCUCGAAGCCCUGGAGCCGCCUUCAGCCAUGGCCGGUAUUUUCCAUUCCGCAGGCGGCCUCAGGGCUGGUAGGCUGGGCUGCCUGGCGGCCCGGCGGGGCUGAACCCGGUCAGACUGGGCCUGGCAUCCGUGGAGUUGGGGUUCUGGCCUCCUUCCAGCCGAGCGUCUGCUGGGAAAACAAUAUUUGUUGGCCUCAGUUUCCUCACCUGUAGAGAGCCCCCCGUGGGUGUCUCCCAAUCAGAUUGUGCCUCUGUGAGCCGGACCCUCGGAGUGGGGGGCUGGGGGCUGUCCCUCCGGCCCAGACAGGUAGGGGCUAGGCCUGGGGAGGGGGUACCGCCGCUGCCAGAGACCCACACACCCCACUGGCCGCACGCCCUGGAGGCACCUGCCACAGGUAAGCAGCACCUGGCGUGACCUGCCUCUCCCGCUGGCGCCUUCCAGGAACUCUGCAGCUCCUGGAGCCUUUGUUCUAGGUGCAGAGCAGGGGUGAGGGGGCUGGGGAGAGACCCUGGCACCACCCCCACCGCUCAGUUCUGGGAAAAGGAAGCACAGCCCCUUUCUCUCCAGCGCUCGCCUUUGUAUCUGCCCUCAGGGAAGCCACAGCGGGGGCUUUGUCCUCAGCGCCCCCAGGACUGUCGUCCCCACGCCAGCGCCCGCCCCUGCCCCUCCACCUGGGUGCUCGGCACCGACCGGGCCGCAGACUCUGACCCAGCCCGUCCUCCCCACCUCCCUGUUUGCUCUUUGGCUGCGAGAAUCCUGACUCCGAGGUGUGGCGGGGGCGGUGCGCCUGGGGUGGGGCUAACAAAGGGGCGGCAGGAGCCAGGCAGACGGGGGCCAUCCAGUGGGGAUUGGAGGGUGCCUGGUGCCGGGGUGAAGGAGAGAGACCGGGAAGGGGGAGGUAUUCCUGCCAGACCUCGCCGGCCACCGCCCACCUCCCGCCCGGGGAGGCUCAUAUGCAAACGCGGCAGGUGGGGAGCUGAGACGCAAAUAUGGGCGGGCUGGGCGGGCUUUGCUUAUGGAUCGGCACCGCCUGGCCCGCACCCCCAGAAGCUCGGGAGGAUGGAUGAGACCCGGAGGCAGGGACUGUGCGAGCAUUAAAGCCUUGCCAGAAGCUGUCGAAAUCCACGGCGGGCAGAAGGGAUCCUUCCUGCUUGCGCUGGGCUUUCAGGCAGGAGUGUUUCUCAACCCCUGGAGAGAGACGCCUUCCCCGGGAAGUGCAAAGAAUGAGCUUCUGGCGCUUCUAUUUCUUUGCCUUCACCUUGCUCAGCCUGGUGAUAUUUGUGACAUUUUACAACAAGGAAGGGAGCCAGCGCAAGAGCUCCUGGGCGCAGACGGGCUCCAGAGAGCGGGACGUCAGGGCGCAGGCCUGUGACUUGGUCCUGGAAGGCAAGCCCGCCUUUAUUUGGGGGGACACCUCCCUGUCGCCGCGGGCCAGCAUCCCUUGCCGGGACUACCUCGCCCAGAGCCACUACAUCUCGGCCCCGCUGUCGCGGGAGGAGGCCGCCUUCCCGCUGGCCUACGCCAUGGUGGUGCACAAGGACUUCGGCACCUUCGAGCGGCUCUUCCGGGCCGUGUACGCGCCCCAGAACGUGUACUGCGUGCACGUGGACCAGAAGGCCGGCGCCGACUUCCAGCUGGCCGUGGAGCAUCUUCUGAGCUGCUUCCCCAACGCCUUCCUGGCCUCCAGGCGGGAGUCCGUGGUGUACGGGGGCAUCUCGCGGCUGCAGGCCGACCUGCACUGCCUGGCGGACCUGGCGGGCUUGCGGGUACCCUGGAGGUACGUGCUCAACACCUGCGGGCAGGACUUCCCCCUGCGGACCAACCGGGAGAUCGUGCGGUACCUGAAGGGCCUCCGAGGGCAGAACAUCACCCCGGGGGUGCUGCCCCCCGCGCACGCAGUGCCCAGGACCCGCUAUGUGCACCGGGAGCACCUGGGCCCGGAGGCCUCCUACGUGAUCAGGACCUCGGCGCUGAAGGCACCUCCGCCCCACAACCUGACCAUCUACUUUGGCUCGGCCUACGUGGCGCUGACCAGGGCCUUCGUGGACUUCGUCCUGCACGACCAGAGGGCGGUGGACCUGCUGCAGUGGUCCCGGGACACCUACAGCCCCGACGAGCACUUCUGGGUGACCCUCAACCGCAUCCCAGGUGUCCCCGGAGCCAUGCCCAACGCGUCCUGGGCCGGCAACCUCAGAGCCGUCAAGUGGAAUGACAUGGAGGACCAGCACGGGGGCUGCCACGGCCACUACGUCCACGGCAUCUGCAUCUACGGGAACGGAGACUUGAAGUGGCUGAUGGACUCCGAGAGCCUCUUUGCUAACAAGUUCGAGCUGUCCACCUACCCGCUGACGGUGGAGUGCCUGGAGCUGCGGCUGCGCGAGCGCGCCCUCAACCAGAGCGAGGUGGCCGUGCAGCCCAGCUGGCGCUUCUGAGCUCCGCGACGGCCCCGCGUCCAGCGGCCCCCGGCGCCCUCUGCAGAGUGAGGAGGCGUCGUGGAAUGGCCGCACCCGCUGGCGGUGUCUCGUGCGGGGUCUUCGGGGCUGUGGCUGUGGGGGCCGUGUCCGGGACCCCAGCCCAGCUCUCCCCUCCUGCACUGAGCACCUUGGGAACCGUGUGGAAGCUGGAGGGCACCCUAGGUUGUCCCUGGGGGGACACACUCCAGAGCGGGUGCAGAUGGCAACACUGAGGACGGCACCCCGGGCCACGUGCAGCAUUCCCCGAGGCCAGGGCCGUGGCGGGAGCGCCAGCACAUCCCGCCGCUCCUCCCGGGCUGAUCCCAGCCUCACACCCCCCGGGGCUCACGCAGGCACCCCCAUUUACAGACAAGGCAGGAGGCUGGAGGGUCGUGUGUAUCAGGGGCCAGUUCUCCCUCUGGAACUGGGGUCCUGCUGGUCUCAGUUCACUUGCGGAGGCGGGAUCUUAGCGUGAAAGCUGCAGCCGCAUCUGAUGCCUCGGGGAGGGCGGCCCGGGGGGGCAGCCGGGGACCCUCCGUGUGACCCAACAUGAAGCCCCUAGUGACCCUCUAAUCCGCUGACUCCCUUAGUAUUUAUUUAUUCAGGUGAGGACCGCUGCUCCAACUCGUGACACCUUUCAAUAGCACAAUUCUAUUUUAUUUUUGUGUAAUUGUGCCGUUCAUCCUAUUCCAAGGGAAUUGAUGUCAAACCCGUUUCCCUGAUGUUGCAAAGGGCAGAGGCUGGAGGGGUGAGACACACCCCCUGAGCUUCGGCAGGUCUGACAACUGUUUUUCCAGAGGCCCCUCCCCGCAGAGGGGUGUUUCAGGCCUGCUCUUCCUCGGGUGGGAUGAAGACUCCUCCGGGCCAGGGAUGUUUACACGCCGCUGCCUGCCCGCCUCGUCUGCAACGCUCUAACUCGGAGGCGCCCUGCGGGGUCGGGGGAGCGGGAGGCACUGAAACUACUGACUCUGUGCUCUGUGCGCUCUGCUGUUCCGCAGUGGGUUUGUUUUUUCUCGGAAAUAAAUUAAUAUAUUGUUUUCCACCUUGGAGCGAUUGUGUGUUUUCAGUUGAUGGUUGAUCAGCACCCGCUGCAGGGCACGUGGCGCGAGGUGACUCUCCUAGCAUUUGAAAAAUGCUCCGGGGCCUCCCUG